AAAUUUACAACAAAGAGAGUGAGCUAACCAGUGUAUCUAGUGAAGAAAAUAGACAGACCAGUGUGUUAAGUAAACUUAUCAAUAAAGGAAGAGUGAAUACUAGUAUAUCACAUGAUGGAGGUGAAGGAGGUGAGCAGAUCAACGCAUCUGGUGUUAAUGGCAAAGUGUAUAAUGAAGAAAAUGAACAGAAAAGUACUUCCAGUGAAAGAAGUGAAGAUGCCAGUGUUUUUAAUGUAGUAAGUGAAGAAUUAGAUAAAAUCGUCAAAGAAUGUAAAGAAAGUGACCAGAUUAGGACUGACUGUAAUGGAAUUGACCAGAAGAAGUAUAUUGAAAAAGCUAAACAGGUCAUUUGUAAUAUUGGAGCAGAGGAACAUGUUCCUGCUGCGCCUGAUGAAACUAUGACCAUAGUUAAAAGUAAUAACCACGCUGACUAUGAAGACAAAGAACUAUUCACAGAAAACUCCAGUAUUGUCAAUCAAAACAGGGAACAAUCCUUAGUAGGUGGUCAAGAGAAUGAGCUUAUCGGUUACAGCUGCCAGGAAAAUGAUCAACUCGAUACUUCCAGUCAAGCUGAACAGAUGGUCAACAGUGUCAACCUUGUAAGAAAACAGAUUUUAACCACAGAUGCAACAUAUGAUAAAGACGAACAUAUGAAUAAUUUCAGUGUAGAUUCCGCCUCUAGAUGUCAUAUGGAGUUAGACCAAACUGUACUGCUUACUCAUUACCCUCACACCCUAGAUGCUGAUAGUCAUGAAAGCCGACAGACGGAGUCCAUUCCAGAAACCGAAUGCUGUAAUAGUAUCCGUGAUAUGAGAAAAAACGCCGUCAUCGGUACUGUGGAAAAUAAUGAAGGAAGUAGUAUCGAAGUUAUUAGCAAAAGUACUAUAGACAAUGAAGCUAAUUAUUUGGAUAAUAAAAGCGAUACAGAUAAUUCCACCUCAAGAUCUCAUGAAAUUGAAGACACAGAGAUUACGUGUGAGGACGAAUCCCUUCGUUCCACUGUUGAAAUGGGAUUUACGCAUCCUGCUACGACACAAAAUCAACACAAUGUCAAAGAAUAUGUAAACGAGUCAGCCUCUAGAAGCGCUGCGGACAGUGAUGGAACAAAAGAGAGUAUGCCGUCACAAGGAUUAUUCUCUGAGACACCCGUCACAGAACUGACCAAGAACAUGUCGAAAGUGAUGCAGAGCACUCCGGACAUAGAGGAGACCAUGUUCGUAAAUGUCGAAUAUAGUGAAAGUCAAGCAGAGCUAUAUAUCGACAAGGAAAACGGUUUAGACCUAAAAACGUACGAUGCCUCCCCAAUACGAGAGGAAAACGUCCAGCCUUCUGGAGAAAGCCACGGCAUAAAUACACACGUGCCUCAAGACGGACAUGGAGAGGAGGCGCUGAUGUCAAGUUUGGGGGAGGAGGAAGUGUUCGCUGGCUUGGGCACGAGUGACACCUUCUCAAGCUUGUCCGAUUCUGCUUCUCCAUCUCCCCUGCCUCCACCAUCGUCACCGCCGCCGUCAGCUGAAGAAGACCUCGUAGACGCCCUCUUUCACGCAUGCGACUCCUCUGGGUGCGGCCGAGUGCCUGCCGCCCAGAUCGCCGCCCACCUUGCCGUAACCCUCUCUGAUCUGCAACCCAGGUGGCUGGUCGAGUCGUUAAAGGAUGCCCUGUGCACUGACGGGGAGGAGAACCAGCUGGAUAUUUCCACCUACCGAGGUUUGUUGACCACGUGGCUGCAGGAUCACGCGAGGGACGUUAAUAUCUUGAAUAACCACAACACCGAUGCUGACGCUGAAGGUAACGCCGACGCCGAUACAAGUUGCGACGAAGUCACCGACAUCUUUGCAUCACCUAAACCCGACCUCUCAGAGCAAGAGACGCAAACGCCCGUCAAUGUCGUAACGCUUACACGACCCUCGAAUACGCCGUGUGACCUGACGUCCAACCAAACAGCCGCCCAUGCACACAACACCACGCCCUUGUUCGUCCCGACGCCCGUGAACCGCACCCAGGACUCCUUCGCGUGGUGCGGGACCUUGCGGGACCUUGCCGACGGGGGCGAGAUGGGGAGGACCCCCCCGCGCCGACAGCUGCUCUACGAAGAUCGCCUCAGACAGUGCAUCGAGGGACAGUUCUCCUCGGGGAACAGAAGGAGUACGUUGUUGCCGUGGCUGCGACCGCCGGGGAGCAGUGGACCAGUGCCGGGCGACACGUUGGUCAUGUCUCGCCCUCCCUCUCCCAUCUCUCCUGCUCCCUCCUUCAUCUUCAAUCAGAAUGCAAACAAUAACAAUAACGUCGACAACACCAGUUUUCGGGGCACUGGUGAAAAGGCAAACCAUGUACCUCAGCUGGCGGAUCACUCAGGCCUCAAUUACACCUUUGGAAGCCUGGAGGAUGAAGCGGGCACGCACAGACCGGACCCGGGUGAGCUGCAGCAGGAAGUGCUGGAGCUGGAGCACACGAACCGCCGCCUCACUGGGGAAAACGCCGAGCUCACCACCCAUCUCACAAACGCCGAGGACCUCAACACGUCACUCAGGGAACAAUGUACACAGCUUGAACAGGCACUCAACAGCGUGCAGCACCAGCUGGCGGGAGCGCGCCGGAUGGAAACCGAGAUUGAAGAGUUUCGAAACCACCUCGACAUGGAACGCGAAGAGAAGGGGCGUCUUCUCGGCCGGCUGGGCCACUUGGAGAAGGACAACCAGGAACUUGCUGCCAGGCUCGAAGAUCUUGUGGCGCAGGUAAAUGCUGCACAAGAGGAGGCUGAAGGGCGUGCAACCCAAGAAGCUCAACUCGUAGCUGAGCACAAGACACAGGUGGCAACCUUGAUGGAGAAACUCUCAAGUUGGAAGUUACAGGCCCAAAGUCAGGGUACCAUCGUGCGGGACCUUGAGGAUACGGUGAAGGAUCUCAAGAGAGUCAUUGAGGUUCUGAAAGAUGAAAAGACCAAUUUGGAGCAACAGCUGAUAUGCCUAAGAGAAGAACUGACUUCUGUAACAACACAGGCAGACCAUGAGAUAAGUGGUGAGGUUGAUGAAGAUGUAAAGGAGAACAGAAGUAAUGGUAACAUAAUGGGAUCACUGAAAAAGAUGCCUUGGGGACCUCCCUUGUACUCCACACCCUUUAGUGGAAGAAGCCUGGCCAAGUCAUCUCAAGAAACACCUCAGAGCAUACACUCAGAAAUACAUACUAUGGGUGAGAACAAUGGUUCUUUACCAUUUUGUGAGAAGAGUGAGGAUGUUCAAUGCUCAGUUUCUCAAGCCCAAGGUGAUAAUGACAAUCUACAGUGCUCAGCAAACGAUUAUGCUGCAAACUCUACCACUACUCUCCUAUCUAGCAUGUUGAAAUGGUGGCGGUUGUGGGAAGAGCAAGGUGUAACCUUGUUAUUAGGGGUACAAGGAAGAGAUACUUCUGCCUUACAUGACCACUUUGCUGCUCAUCAUGAUGAACUGCUAAAGAUAGAGAAUAAGUUGCAGGGAAUCAUCAAAAAGAAAACCCAAACUCAGACCCCGCACUCCUCUGGCCGUUCAUCAUUGAAUGGUGUUCUGGGAAGAUCAAGAAGUUCAUCAAGGGAACAUUCUUCAUCCAGGUCUUCGCUAAGUAGGCCUAGAACUCCUGGCUCCCAUGUAUCACAGCUUAUCUCUAAAUUUGAAACUGCUAGUCCAUCCACAAGCCCUGUACCUUCUGAGCUAAGUGAAAGGUUGAGCAGAUUAGUUGACUAUAAUCGUAAUGUCUCCAAAGAGGUGGACAGGACUGGUCAGUGCUCUCCAACUUCCAGUGUCGAUUCCAGUUCUAGAAGAUCACCUGUCAUUUUUAAAAAUAUAAGGGAGUGUAAGAUUCAAAAGAAACAGAAAUCUUUUGAAGCAGAAUUAUGCUUGGAAGAAAUAAAUAUCAGUGAAGAGGUCAGUGAAGAGGAAACCGAUGACAUUCCCAAAGAUGUUUAUGCCAAAGCAAGAAACUGUGUGUCCGCAUCUCCUACUGAUAAACAAAACGUAACUCAGGAAAACAUGCUAGUAGAUCUAGAAGGUGAACGGGUAGUAGAUAGUGAUGGUGUGUUACUGAAAAUAGGUCUUGAUGCUGAGGGUGAAGCGGUAAAAGAAUCAAGUGAAGAUAAAAGUGAAGAAGAUGAAGUGGUUGAAGUGCAAUUUGAGGGCAUACAAAGUGAAGGUGUGUUCAGAAAAGGCAUUACAGUGGAGGUGGACCUUGAAUCAGAUAUUUACAUGGAAAACAGCCACUUGAUGAGACUAAUGAAAGAAGUGAAAGAGCAGAAACUCCUCAUUGAAGAUCUUAGGUGCCAAUUGUGUGCAGCAGAAGAAGAAAAAGAAAGUCGUACAGUAUUUCUUUCUCGCAUUCAUCGUCUUCUGCUGAGCGUCACUUCUGAGACAUAUCGAUGGACGGAGGGAGUGAGGAAGGAGUGGCUGUCGAGGGUCCCUGGCGUGAGUGAGGAGGGCGCUGCGGACCCCCUCCGGAGCACGGAGCCCCUGGACGACGGGCCCCUCACAGGGACACACUCCAGGGAGGAGAUUGAGUCCCUGAUCCGGGCGAGAUGUGACCUGGGGUGCCCGCCCUCGAAGGAUGACCUCGCUAAGGAAUAUGUGAACCCGGAGAAUUUAGCAGCAGAGCUCGAGCGGGAGUUGCUGGCUCUAAAGCUCCAUGUGGCUCGCUCUCAUGCCCUUCUCCAUCACUACCAGAGCUCGAGUCUUUAUGGCAGCAGGAGCGAGGUGUCCACGCCCCCCGCGCCGCCUCUGCGCCAAGGUGUGGAGGCGGGCGUGGAGUGCGACCUCUGCGGACCUACCUGUGUCCCACGCCCCUCUGGGUCCACCGCCACUCAGACUCCUGCGUCCCCCACCCCUGCGUCGCUCAGUCCCACUACGCCCACGACUCCAGAGUGUGAGGAGAUCGCGCCCACCUCGACGCUUUGGGAGGCUGAUGAGGACGUCGCGGAUUCAGACCACGCCUCCUUCACGCCCCAGCACCGCCCACUCUACCAGAAGAUCGUAGUCCCCGAGGAAGAGGAGGAGGAGGAGGAGGUCGUGGCGGGGGUCGGGGAAGAAGACAUGGCGGUGUCGAGCGACCACGCGCUCUACGCCCCCAAGCCCACGUACGACCAGCUCGACCAGUAUAGGCCCCCAUCGAAGCGCUCCGGCGAUGAGAAGCUGCGCCGCACGGGACUGGCCACCAUCGCCCCGCAGAAGGGCGGGAGCAGUGACAGUGACGAUGAGAUGGAGCUUCCCACACCGCGCUCUCCCCAGACUCGGCUGCGGCAUCUUACCAAAAGAAGUCAUUCCGACCCAGAGGUGACGCCCCUGUCGCCGCCUCCGUCACUCUACACAGAGGAGGAGGAAGAGGAGGAGCCCCCUCCCAUGAAGAAGCACGUGGCGGAGCAGGAGCUGGUCCUUCCGUCCACGCCAGAAUCGGGCUCCUCCGCCUCGUCCGCCAACCCCUUCCGGGCCGCGAGCGAGAAGACGAAUCUCGGGAGCAGGGACGACGCCGACGAGAGGAUCCCGCGCGAGGACGACGCCGGGGCAGGGACGCCGGUCGCAGCCGAGGACGAGGUCGACUCCCAGCAAGAAGAAGGGGGCCAGUGCUCAGGGCGGAGUGUUCCCCUCACUCCCUGAUAACUACCUUCGGUCUAUAGGCCUAGCGAGGGACGACCAUUCGCCCACCGAGAAUCUCUCCGCACAGGAAAUCGAAGGGAAGUUCAAGCAGCUGUCCUUGGCUUUCAACACCGACCGCCUCACCCUGCGUCAGCGCCUGGACGUGCAGCAGCGCCAGAGGGACACCGCGGAGAACAAUUUCGAG